CUCCUUUGCCAACCUCAGUGCUUCAUCUGAGCCUCCUCUGCAUCCCCUUGUUCAGGGUCAUCUACGUUUGUGGCGCAGAGAAGAAGCCUGACCCACAGGAAAUCCUGCAAGUAUUCUUCACAUCUCCCCUCGUUAUGAAAAAAAACAUAAGAAGUUGUGAACAUGAAUGAAUGGCUCCCUCAUUCACCCAAUAAAACAAGAGCACUGACUUGUGAUUGUCUUUCAAAGAUAAGGAAAACUAAAAAUGGACUUUUCCUGUAAUGUCCAUGCUGUCUCCAAAUCACUAGACAUCAGCCAGUCUAAAGUAGCCAUUCGGAUGACUGGAACUUCAGGAACCAUCUUGGAUAAGAGUUAGCUUCAAGGAGGGAAGCCACAUAUCAAGGAAGAUGGACCAAAAUGUGGAACAAGUCUAGGCUCCAAAUGACACCAUGGAGCUUCCACACCAACCUUGGACUCUUGGACUCUCUCAGGGUCAGAGCACCUCUGGAAGUGAGGUUACCAGGUAGAACCCCAAGACAUUUUGUGGCAACAGUGGAGAGGGGCAAACCAACAUCCGGAGAACAUGAGCCUCAAGUCCCCAAUGUCUGCUCCUCAGUUUGAGAGCAAAUGCAGCCAUAUUAUGGCUAGAAAUGGAGGUUGUUUUCUAGUCCGGCACACCCCUCAUCCCAGAAGGGUGUGCCACAUCAAAGGUUUGAAUAACAUUCCCAUCUGUACUGUGAAUGAUGAUGAGAACUCACUGGGAACAUUGUGGGGUGUUGGCCAGUUCAACCACUUAGAGAAGGAUGAGACACCAUUUGCCAAAUGCGGUUACCCACCCAGCACUGCGACCCUGGAGAGUCCUGUCAGAGAAGUCACACCGGCUCCAAACCAUAUCAAAAUGCCCCCUCGGCCUCAUUCUGAGCCCUGCAGAAAAAUCAGAGAGUGCUUCAAAACUUCCAGUGAGAAUCCCUUAGCAAUUAAAAAGGAAGAAAUUAAGGUAAAAAAGCCACUGUCACCUCCAAAGUCAUGCUCUACUGCUGGCUCUUGUUCUUCAGAGGUGAUGAGUACCAAGACCGACGUCAAAGAGAACACCAUUUGCAUACCAAACUAUCUGGAUCAGGAAAUCAAAAUUCUGGCAAAGCUCUGUAACGUUUUACGUACUGAUUCCCUGGCGGAAGUUCUACAGUGGCUGGUUCAUGCCAGCACAAAAGAAAAAGAGUGGAUCUCAGCUUUGAUUCAUGCUGAAAUGGCUGAGAUAAAUUUGUUGACUCAACGAAGAAACAUCUCAGCAGAACUAGCAACAAAGAGUAGGAAGCCACCCAAAGUUAAAUCGCCCCCAAAUUUACCUGCAAAAUCUAAAGUACUGACCAAAUCGAGGGAAAGACAGCAACCAACCAGAGUGUCAAGUCAAGGAUCUGAAGGAAAUAAGGAAGUACCAAAAGAGGCUGAACACAGGCCUCCAUUUUUUAUAAGAAGAAAUAAGAUGAAAAUGCCCAUUGCAGAAUAUUUCAGCAGACCAAAGUCUCCUCCCAGGCCUAAAACUCAGGAAAGCAUAUCAACAAAACCAAUGUCAGCAAGAAGUAUACACCAAGGAUGCACUCUCUCUCCCCAGAGAGCAUUUUAUCCUUUAACAUUCCAAAGGUAGAAAUUCUGUACUGCGCUAUUUCUUUCACAAACAUGAUCUUCACUCCAUUACAACAUCAAAUUAUUUUUUAAAAAUAUUUUGGUAUCAAAGAAUCAAUAACUCCUCUAUUUGGUGGCACAUGUUCAAAGCACCUGUGUAUAAUGCUACUAAAUAAAUAUUAAUGGAGACAGUAUUUCUAUU